AUCAAAAUGAACUCUGAACUAUAUUCAUUUGGGGACAGGUGUGAAACAUCCAUGGCCAUUUACCUAGCUUGCUGUUGCCAGCUAAUUUGUCCUGGGAUAUAAACAUUGGGUUGUUAUUUUACCUGAAAUGCACAAGGUCCUUUACUCCGACAAUUAAUCCACUGAUAAAAGGAUAAAUCUAGUUUAUAUUAAUCGCUGAUCCUUCAAUCUUCUACUUCGGACUUUAUAUGGCUGUUGGCAACCAACUUUAAGGUUCAUUCCUACCACCAACUGGACUGGAGUGUUGACCUCAGUUCACUUUUUAAUGACACACGUGGGUAUUAUGCUCCUAAAAACCAAUGAUGAGGCGGGACUAACAACGCAUAUUGCAUCAAAAACAGAACCAAGUUAUAGUUUAACACCUGGCUACGCAGACGCUCGUUGAAGAGCAACCAGUUUGGAUGAAGACUAAAUAACGUGUGUGUGUAUAUUUAUUUAUACAAAGCGAGCGGUGUGGUCAGCAUUUAAGUUCACCAUUAGCACUUCCUCGUUUGUUCCGCUGUGUCGGUUUGAAAAACCCUCUGGACGUUGCAUCAUGGGAAACGUCGGUGCGAAGACUGGAGCCCAGGUCAACUGGAGCCACCUGGCGUCAGCUGUCAGGUGCAGUUCUCAGGUUAUUUGGACCAACGUGCUCCGGGCCAUGGCGUCGGUGUGUGUGGCUGUCCGUGUUCGACCCUUGAACAAAAGAGAAAAGGAAAUGUCAGCGACGGUGAUUAUCCACAUGGAGGGGAACACCACUUCUGUAGACUGCAACAAAAAGGACAUACACAAAGGCAUUCCUGGCGUUGGCCUGACUGACCGAGGAAGACAUUCAUUCUCCUAUGAUUUCUCCUACGAUUCUACUGAUGUCAGAAGCCCCAACUUUGUGCCUCAGGAGAAGGUGUAUAAAGACUUGGGCUGUGAUGUCCUGAAGGCAGCGUUUGAAGGUUACAACGCCUGUGUGUUCGCCUAUGGAGAAACUGGAUCAGGGAAGUCUUAUACCAUGAUAGGAAGCCCAGGAGAUCUAGGUCUGAUUCCACGGAUCUGUGAUGGCUUGUUCUGUCAGAUAUCAGAGAUGGACCAGGUGGAUGGGGCCUCCUUCCGCACAGAGGUCAGCUACCUGGAGAUUUAUAAUGAGCGUGUGCAGGACCUUCUCACGACUAAAACGGGCCCAGGGAGCAGGUCAGGACUCCACCUCAGAGAACACCCCAAGGAUGGGCCCUAUGUGGAGAACCUGUCGCCGCGCCUGGUUCAGAACUACACUGAUAUUGAGGAGCUAAUGCAUGCUGGGAAUGCCAAACGCACCACGGCGAACACAGGCAUGAAUGACGUCAGCAGCUGCUCUCACUCCAGCUUCACCAUCAUCUUCACACAGGUUCGUUUUGAUGCAGAGCUGCCAUGUGAGACAGUGAGUAAGAUCCACCUGGUAGACUUGGCAGGCAGUGAGAAGACUGGUGCCAGACUGAAGGAAGGAGCCAACAUCAACAAGUCCCUGGUCACUCUGGGUAGUGUCAUCUCUGCUCUGGCUGAUACAUGUGUGACUGGAGGAGGAAGGAGCUCCCACACAGGGAAGAGGAAGAAGCAGCUGUUUAUCCCCUACAGAGACUCUCUUCUGACCUGGCUCCUGAAAGAUAGCCUGGGGGGAAACUCCAAGACAAUCAUGAUAGCAACCCUUUCUCCUGCUGACGUGCACUACGGUGAGACACUGCGCACGUUGCGCUACGCUAACCGAGCUAAGAACAUCGUCGUCAAGCCCACAGUCAACGAGGACAGCGGUGUUAGAGUCAUCAGAGAACUGCAGCAGGAGGUCGGUAGACUGAGAGGACUGAUGGACUAUAACAACCAGGAAGAGACUGUAGCUCUGAGGAAAGAGGGUAUCCGUGUGCUGUUGGACUCAGAACUACCUCAUCUAAUCGGCAUCGACGAUGAUCUUCUCAACACCGGCGUUAUUCUCUAUCAUUUAAAAGAAGUCAGGACGCUGGUGGUUCGACACGAGGCGCAAUCCAAUCAGGAUAUCGGUGCCGUCAUCCAGCUAGGGAGAGGGACUAUGUUCCGUUUCAACCAUCCUAGAGACCAAUGCAAGAGUGAACUUCUCUCCAGCCUGUCCAUGACGGACCUCUCCGAGCCUACAGAGAACCUGUUCAAGGCAAUGCUUUUCCAUCCCGGGAUGGAUAUGCUAGCUGUAGCAGGACUGAAUGGAGACACUAGACAACAGAGGAGCUCUGUGCUCUCUUCUCCACUACAGACCUGUACAGUAAUGACAGGAGACGACAGAGGAACAGAGGAAGGAACGCACCACGGACACUUCCCUCUGGCCAGCAGCAGCUCAACGUACACACAGAUCUCUCGGUUUGACAAACACACUGCCUCUCUGUCCCAGCUCAACACACAGACCCACAACCAGACCGAAUACACAGCCUCCCGGCUGGACAGACACAGACGCAGCCAGGCGGUACGCGGCCUACCGCUAGCAGCGUUGCAGGGCCAGUUCAGUCGUUGCAUGAUGAAUCUAUCCAAGACCACGGUGGAGGGCUACGGAGACAAUUACAAGGAGGAGACCCAGACUGGGGCUAGGAGGGAGGAGGAGGUUGAGCAGGGCUUUAGGCUGGGUUCUCUGGUUAGCAGCGUGUCUAGGGGUGAGGAGGCGCAGGAUGAGAGCCAGUUCUCUGCUUCCGGGCUGGGUGCUCUGGUUAGAAGGGUAUCCCAGAUCUCUGGGCUUGGGGUGGAGCAUGAGCUAGAUUCUCUGGGGGAAGAGAGCUCUAUCUCUGGGAUGGGUUCUGUGGUCAGCAGUGGGGUCUCAUGGAUGUUCCCGGGCACGUGGCGUCUCCUCCACAGCUCCCUGCCGAGAGUCCUGCAGCAGUUCUGGGACAGUACAGGAGAUCUGCAGCCUGGAGAUGGUGGAAUGGUUGGGAGUCUGCAGCCUGGAGCUGUGGGACGAGCCUGCUCCAGUUGGCCCAGUCAGGUUGUCUCAAUGGUGAGGGACAGUCUGGUGCUGUCAGUGGUCAAAGACAGCCAGGUCUUCUCAUUGGUCAGAGAGAGUCACAUGUUCUCCUAUGUUAAAGACAGUCAGGUAUUCUCUAUAGGCAGUGAGCUGCCAUUGGUGCAACACAUAAGCACCGAGCUAACUCUUCAGGACUUCAGGAGCAUUCCCAUUGAGCUCACUCAGGAUCUUCAGCAAGUGGAGUCAACUGGAAUACAGCAGAGAGCUAUUGACCUUAACACCGCACCAAAAAUGAACCUGCUCCUUCUUACAACCUACAAUACUGUCUUCGGCCCAGCACCAAGCCUGUACCCAGCCCAGAAUGCCACUGAGUUCCCACAUAAACAGAACACUGGUAAAGAAGUGGAUUGGAGAACAGGGGAACAGAAUCCCAUCCGAGAACUGGAAUGGACUCUGGAGCAGGAAGGCAGACAGGAGGCUCCAUCUAUGUCAGAGGUACAGCUUACAACCAAGGAGGAGCUGUGGUCACCAGAGGACCAGAUCAAGAUGGAGGAGGACCCACAGUGUGUUACUGACGGAGCCAAUGGCAGCACGCCACAGUCCCCUCCAGAGCAGGGGGACAACGCCAGGUCUACAGGUCCAGAGAAGAGCUCUGUUUCUGGGCAGGAGAAGCAGUGGACUGAGGGUGUCCAGGUAUAUUACCAGAGACUGGUGGAGUUCCCAGGGGCUCUGGUUCUACUCCAGUCCCUUCCCGUGUCCACCCUCCUGGGUUGUCUCCAGUCCGUUCUCCCCUCUGUCUUCACUUCUCAGAGACUACUGGCUCUCUACUGGCUGGGCGUGGCCAACUGCAGCCAGCCCCACCCACACCCUUCCCUCGUCCUCCUAUUGGAGUCCUGCCUCUACGCCCUGACUCUUGACCCUGACAUGCACGAUCAGACCACGCCUCUGACAGUGUUCCACCACCUCCCCCUGCUGCAGAUCAAGGAGAUCCAGGUGGGUUUUGGCGGUCAGAGCCUUCGUCUCACAGCCUCCACUGAGGAGAGUGUCCUGACCCUCUACACCCACAGCCAGACCCUUACACAGGCCCUCACCCAGGCCCUGCUGAGUGUGUUCUCCCCUGGGGACCAGCGAGUGGCUCACCACCCCUUCCUGAAGGAGGACCUGAUGGAGCUGUCUCUGGACUGGACGGCCCAGGUACCUGACCUGGUGUUGGAUGCUGGGCCCAGGGUGUCUGGUCACUUCCACAAGACCCUAGCUGACCUGGUGUAUAUACUGCACGGCAACAUGGACAGAGAGAAGCCUAGUCUGGGAGAGGUCAGACUGCUGCUCUACACUACCGUUGGUGUGACAACGACCCCUGACCCCAGACCUGACCCCUGGGCCCAGCUCCUCCUCACGGAGACGCACCUUGGACUGGUGCAGGAGAAUGCAGUGUUCCACCCUGCUCCGCGCUACCUCCCCCUGCUCUCCCGACAAGCACAGUUCCAGGGGGUGUCCCUUCGGUGCCGCUCUGACGUCCGCUGUUUGAUGGUCGGAGAUUGGGCCGGGAGCUCCACUGGUGUGGGGGGAGAUGGAGCUGGGAACUCCCCCGGUGUUGGGGGAGAUGGAGCCGGUGAUGAAGUCUUCGGUGGGACAAUUCGACUGGACAUCAUCUUCUCUCGGAACCAGAGGACCAGGGGAGAGAGGUGGGACAGGCCUAGGGGACAGCCUGGAAGAAGAGGUGCUGCUGCUCUAUGGAAGGUAGGAAGGGUAGCUGAAGCUGCUAUCCUGUAUGCUGCCUCAAAUUCAUGUCCUCCGUCGCAGCAGCAGGCCGAAGUGUGGAAAUUACGUUUCAGCUGCUCGUCAGAGGCCGCCCGUCUGAUUAAUCACUUGUCAAACAUCUGAAUGGUCACUGAUCAAGGACUGGACAGACCAUAAUGAACUGUAGCUUAGACCGGACUGAACAGAAGAACUGGUACCUAACUCUCAUUUGAGAGGAAGUCAAGGUGUAUGUUUUCUCACUGAGUGGCAGUCGAGGUGGCAGUGCAGUGCAUCUCAAAACAACAACAUGGAGAAUGUCUCUUAUGACACUAUUAAAGGCCAGUUUCCCAAACACAGACUAAGACGAGUCAUGGACUUAUAAAAACAUGCUCAAAAGACAAUCUCUCCUUGUAUUUCAACUUUUGUCUAGGACUCGGAUUAAUCUGUGUCCAGGAAACAGGCCCAUAGAGUACAUGAAUAUAUUGAUGUGUUUUGUUCAAAGUUUCCAUGCACUGAUUUCAAUGAAAUGUUCAUAUCUCAUUUUCCACAUGUAAUUUGAGUCUUUCUGAAGUGCACUUUAUUUUUGGUCUGCUGUUCUCCAUGCUGUGUUUUUUCAUUCACUGUUCAUGAUGUUUUUGUUGUUUACACUGUACAGGGACCCCAGGACACUUGAUUCUACAGAAUAUAGGCCAUUUUUUUUAAGGAUAGAUAUGCAAAGUGUCCAAAUAAAUGCAGGGUAUGCCUUUUUUAAGCAUAUUUGCACUUUUGACCAUAUAAAGACAAGUGUUAUACCUCAAAUAUUUGAAACGUUUAUGUUUUAUGGACAUAUGUAAACAAUUUUUAAAAAUUACUUAAUGCCAAGUAAUCUAAUAAUUAAUUAUAUUUGUGGAAUAUUUGUAUUACUUGGUAGUUUCAGACACUCGUGUAUUAAAAAUAAAUGUAUUAAAAUGAUCAUGUUUACAAUGCUGCAGGUGGAAAAUAUGCGUUUUGUUUAGGUUUGUCAAGCAAUAAAAGUUAUACAACUUC